UAUUAAAAUAUAUUAAAAUAGUGCAAGAAGACUCAAUACUGUAGCAGAUUAAAUAAGUGUUAAAUGAGUGCAAGAAAAUAAGAGAAAAAUCAUAAUCGCUUUUCGAACUGGAUUCUCGUAUUUUCAAGGAGCACGUGAACGCAGCACAUGAUCAGAAACAAAGCCUAAGAGUUUGGUAUAUAAUUAAAGAUAGACGCACGGGUUCUUCAGCUCAGCUCUUGCGAAACGUGGACAUGAAUCCGCGGCCAAUUGGCAGCCGGUGCGGCUUCUCCUCCCACCAGUAGGUCCAGAGAGCCGGUGACAUGUUGCUGUCACCGACAGACAGCAUGGCCGCCGGCCUGUAACAGAUUGCCAUCAUUAGCCAGGCGCGAGCCGCUUUUUUGUCACGCGCGGGAUUAAACACUUUAACGAUCAGAAACAUGUCGGCCGUGCUUUUAAUGAAGACGUCGCUGAGGAAACUGCCACGGACCUUGGCUCGGCAGGUCCUCGGCUGCUGGUACCACACCGAGAGAGGGGUGUACGGGUACCGACCGAAACGGCACACCGGCAGGGAGCAGAGCGUGCAGCUGGAGCUGCUCGCCGCACUGAAUCGAGACAACGGUCUAGCUCGUCUGGUGGAAGCAUACAGGACACAUGGACACAAGGCUGCUAAAAUUAACCCCUUACUGCCCCAGAAGCCUGUUGUUGACAGAGUCCCGGAGAUCGAGAUGUUGACCGGAAGCGUGGGCGGAACAUUGAACACAACAGGUUUGAGGCACUUUGGGAAGGCCCAGGCCUCAGUGGAAGAGGUUCAGGCCUACCUGGAAGAAACUUACUGCGGGCACCUGUCAGUGGAGACUGGACAGCUGAGCAGUCUGGAGGAGAGGCAGUGGUUCGCUGACCACUUUGAGGAGCUGAAGAGGAAAAGUUUUUCUCCAGAGGAGAGGAAGCACCUGGCUAAGCUCAUGCUGGAGUCUCAGGAGUUUGACCACUUUCUGGCCACAAAGUUUGCUACUGUGAAGCGUUAUGGAGGAGAAGGAGCAGAGAGCAUGAUGGGGUUUUUCUACGAGCUUUUCCACCAGUCGGCCCACACCGGAGUCACGGACAUCGUCAUCGGGAUGCCUCACAGGGGGCGGCUCAACCUCCUGACAGGCCUGCUGAAGUUUCCACCAGAGCUCAUGUUCCGUAAAAUGCGAGGCCUCAGCGAGUUCCCCGACACCUCGCCGGCUAUCGGGGACGUUCUGUCCCACCUCACCUCCUCGGUGGAUUUGGAUUUCGGAGCGAGUCGUCCUCUUCAAGUCACCUUGCUGCCCAACCCGUCCCACCUGGAGGCCAUCAACCCCGUGGCUCAGGGGAAAGCCCGCGCCAGGCAGCAGCUCAGGAAGGAGGGAGACUAUUCACCCGAGGAGAACGCCCAGCCUGGGGACCAGGUCGUCUGUCUGCAGAUCCACGGUGAUGGCUCCUUCACGGGUCAAGGGAUUGUUCCUGAAACCUUGACCCUUUCAAAUCUCCCCCACUACAGAGUCGGGGGGAGCAUCCACCUGAUUGUGAACAACCAGGUGGGGUACACCACUCCGUCGGAGAGAGGACGGUCCUCUCUGUACUGCAGUGAUGUUGGUAAGAUGGUGAACUGUGCUGUGAUCCAUGUAAACGGUGACGAUGCAGAGGAGGUGCUGCGGGCCGCUCGGCUGGCUGUGGACUAUCAGCGGCAUUUCAGGAAGGACAUUGUCGUGGAUCUGAUCUGCUACCGUCAGUGGGGCCACAAUGAGCUGGAUGAGCCUUUCUUCACCAACCCAGCCAUGUACAAGAUCAUCAGAUCCCGUAAGAGCGUUCCGGACUCGUACUCCAACCAGCUGAUCUCAGAGGGUCUGCUGACAGAGGAGCAGCGGGCCCAGAUCAAGUCUCAGUUCUACGGCAUGCUGAACGACAAGCUGUCCAACAUGACCCUGUACAGCCCUCCGCCCACCAACCUGCAGGGCCGCUGGGGGGAUCUGGUGGAACCCCAGGCCAAAGUCACCACCUGGGACACGGGGGUGCCGGCACCCCUGCUGCAGUUUGUCGGAGCCAAGUCGGUGGACAUCUCCGAAGAGGUCCAGCUGCACAGCCACCUCCUGAAAACCCACGUGCAGGCUCGAUUACAAAAGUUAGAGGAGGGAACCAAACUAGACUGGUCGACAGCAGAGGCUCUGGCUUUCGGUUCUCUUCUCUGCCAAGGUUUCAAUAUUAGAAUAAGUGGGCAGGACGUCGGGAGAGGCACGUUCAGUCAGCGACAUGCCAUGGUUGUGUGUCAGGACACAAACGACACGUACAUCCCUCUGAACCACAUCAGCCCCCUGCAGACAGGCUUCCUGGAGGUGUGCAACAGCCCGCUGUCUGAAGAAGCCGUGCUCGGGUUCGAGUACGGCAUGAGCAUCGCGCAGCCGCAGCUCCUGCCCAUCUGGGAAGCCCAGUUUGGAGACUUCUUCAACGGAGCGCAGAUCAUCUUCGACACGUUCAUCUCAGGAGGUGAAGCCAAGUGGCUGCUUCAGUGCGGGAUGGUGAUCCUGCUGCCCCACGGCUACGACGGAGCAGGACCCGAACACUCGUCCUGCCGCAUGGAGCGCUUCCUCCAGAUGUGUGACAGUAAGGAGGAGGGUGUGGACGGUGACAAUGUGAACAUGGCAGUGGUGAACCCCACCACCCCCGCCCAGUACUUCCACCUGCUGAGGAGGCAGAUGAUCCGAAACUUCCGCAAACCCCUCAUCGUGGUCGGACCCAAGACGCUGUUGAGAUUUUCUGGGGCAGUGUCCAGUUUAACUGAACUGGGACCAAGAACAAGCUUCAGGCCCGUGUUGGGAGACGCUUCUGUCUCUGCAGAAAGUGUCCAGAAGGUGGUGCUGUGCUCCGGAAAGCACUACUACGCUCUGCUGAAGCAGAGGGAAACAGCAGCCAACCAGAACACGCCGCUGAUCCGCGUGGAGGAGCUGUGUCCGUUUCCUGUGGAGGCUCUGCAGCAGGAGCUCAGAAAGUACCCCAACGCCAAAGAGUUCAUCUGGAGUCAGGAGGAGCCUCAGAACAUGGGUCCCUGGUCUUUUGUAGCCCCCAGGUUUGAGAAGCAGCUGGCCUGCAAGCUCCGAUUAGUGAGUCGGCCGGCCCUGCCCGCCCCGGCUGUCGGCAUCGGGACCCUUCAUCACCAGCAGCAGGAGGCCAUCCUCACCGCGACGUUUUCCUGAGACUCAGCAGAAACACGGGAGCCGAGCUGAGCCGACAGAGGUGCUACACUACAAUCUGUGUCCGCUGCACAGCAGAUACACAGGACAGUUACACGCCAACAAAACAUUACGAAGGUCAGCCGAAGGAAGGCAUUAAAGAGGAUCGUUUUAACUAUUUUUUCCUGUUUACGUGUCGGCAGACAUGUUUUGAUUUUAGUCUUUGUGUGUUUUUUAAAAACUGGUCUGAAUUCCUGAUGAUUUCUGAAUUUUUAGCUGUUCAACAAGCCUGUUUUGUGUUUGAAUGUUCAAAGCACCUGAAUCAAGGCCUUAGAUUGGACGUUUACAGGGUCAGGGGAAGGACAGUGCAGCUGAAUGUUGUAAUUGUGGGACUUGGGGAUUAUAUAAUCCCUUUAAAACCUGUAAGGUUUCAGGAAUCCAACCCAUCAUCUCAUGCAUUCAGUCUGUGGGAGAGGUUUGUUUUAUUAUCUGUUUUUUAAACAGGUCAAUCUGUUCGUUUACUUAGUGCAGCACGGAGAUGACAUUAAUAAAAUGCUUAAAAAAAUUCUAAUUGAACAAAAAACAAUAUAUUACACUAUGAACUGAGACCGUUUUAGAUUUGAUCAAAUCUUUUUAAUUGAAUCACUGUUUGAAACAAGUCUGGGAUUCAAAAACAGAUACUGGUACUAUGAGCUGUAAAUACAGUCGAAUGGAAUAUUUCCAAAUAAAUCUAUUUUCAUGUU